GUGUUGCACGAUAUUUGCAUACAGCAUCGAUAUUAUCAAAUGGAAAAGUCUUAGUUACUGGUGGAUGGACUGGUAGUGUUUCACUGAAUAGUGCUGAAUUGUAUGAUCUAUCAACUGGUAAUUGGACAACGACUGGAAAUAUGAGCGUUGCACGACAUGCACAUACAGCAUCGAUAUUAUCGAAUGGAAAAGUUUUAGUUACUGGUGGAUGGACUGGUACUGUUUCACUGAAUAGUGCUGAAUUGUAUGAUCCAUCAACUGGAAAUUGGACAACGACUGGAAAUAUGAGUGUUGCACGAUAUUUGCAUACAGCAUCGAUAUUAUCAAAUGGAAAAGUCUUAGUUACUGGUGGAUGGACUGGUAGUGUUUCACUGAAUAGUGCUGAAUUGUAUGAUCCAUCAACUGGUAAUUGGACAACGACUGGAACGAUGAGUGUUGCGCGAUAUUGGCAUACAGCAUUGAUAUUAUCCAAUAAAACAGUAUUAGUUACUGGUGGAUGCUGUUCUAUCAACACCGCUGAAUUAUAUUGA